AUGCUAUUGAUUCUUAUUGGCCAUGCUCCUCAGAAAGGAACCUUUGCAAACGGUAGGUUCGACGGAGUCUACAACGAUGUGAGGUCUCCUGUGAACCCGCCUUACGACUACAAGAAGAUUCUCAACAGCAAGGCAUACAAAGCUAUUAACACUUACAGUAUACCAGCAACCAAAGAGUUGUCUAUGAAGUACCUCCGAGGGCAAGCGACAGUUGGCUGCGGCAACGUCCGGCAGGUGAACGACCUCGUGCCGGACUGCAGGUCCCACCCCUGCCUCUUCAACCUUGACCGAGAUCCUUGCGAGCGGCUCGACCUGGCUCCCAACAACACGGACAUCGUCCAGAAGAUGUACAACACCCUCAAGGUCUACAGGCUGGGGCUCCUGCCGCAGAGCAACCAGCCGCUCGACCUCCCGGCAGCCAACCCGGUCAACUUCAACAACACCUGGACCAGCUGGAGGGUCUAGCCCAUCCUAGGUUACAUUCCGUCCUCUCGGCAGUCGCUCUCCCGUCAUCCGAUGUAUUCUCUUAAGGUCGGCUGUGAGUGGGAUAUGGUAAUUGGCUUUAUAAGCAUUCUCGCCUUCGAUGGUAAAUGUUUGUUACAUGGUUCUCCAUGGAUGUGUCCAUUAGAGACUUGUGUAUUUUCUUAAACUUCUUCUCGUAAGGGGAAAAUUUGCAUGCCGCAGCAAUCCCCUUAUUAAUAGAAUCACCAACCCGCUUCCGAGACGCCUAAAGUCAAUGUAUAAAACUGUACUAUAUAUUGAACCCUUAUUAUUUUUUAAUAAUUUAUCAUCAGUGGGGAACGAGACAUUAAUGGUAAAAUUAAUCAUUAUUUCAUCAGAAAGUUAUUUCGGCAGUGCUUGAUUCCUAAGCAACGUUAUUAGCUAUUAUUUAUCCUUUGGCAAUUAUUCCUUUAGGCGGUUUGAGGACGGAAAGUGCAUGCAUGAUUAUUAGAUCUAAGGUACUUUCUUAGGCUGGUUUAGUAAUUAGUGGACUAUAAGACUUACUUUCACUCGCUGUACAUAUCGCUUUUAUUUUAUUUUAUUUUUUUUCCUAUUUUUUUUUAUAAUUAUACAUCUAGAUACAUUUGUUGUGUGAGAAAAGUAUCAAGAUCUCGUUUGAUAUAAUUGUUUUACGGUCAAUUUAAACAAAUCCUUAAAUUCUCAUAUGCAAGAGUAUUCGGAAUCAUUCUCCCAAUAAGAAAUAGAAAUGUUCCUCGCCAGUGUACCGAGGGAGCCAGAAAACAAUUUGAGAUCCUAAUAUUAGAAUCAAGAAUCUUAUGCCAACUCACUUUUUAGAAUUAUUCUUGUUUCUGCUAUUCUUGAUAGUAUCACAUCACCUCAAUAUAUAACGAACCGAUCCAGGUACCCUUCUCAGGAAAUACGUAAAUUUCGUAUUCUAUUUUUUUACUCAUUUCUUUCUUUAUUAAUUUAUUUUUACCCAAUCAUGUGUGCAGUUCUAUUAUUUAAGGUCUAAUAUUAAGAUUAUUUAUAUAUAAUAUAGUUUUAUAUAGGUCACUUGUUGAGUGAUCAAAUAAAUAUUUAAAAAAAACAGUUUCAACUGACAGUACUCGGGAUUGUGUUUCAGUCUGUUGUCGAUUGCAACUUAGAAUGUGAUACUUAUUAUGUAUUAUUAAUCUCUGCUUUAGAUUAAUUAUAUUUUGUCUUUACUAGUAUGUAUUAUUAAUGUAGUAUUAUAUUAAGCAUGAUAUCUUUCACUUGCUGUAAUAAAAUCAAAAUAAUUUUAAAUUUUAGUUCCUUAAAAUAACAAAAAAAAUUAUUUUAAAUAGCUUUAAGAUACAAAAAUAGAAACUCACUUUCCAUUUUUUAAUUUUUUGUUGUUGGAAUUGCUAAUUAUUUUUUGGGGCAAUAGAUAACAAAGAACAUAUCGUCGUUUUAUCGCAAGAUGUCAUUAAGUGACAUUCCUUAAAAUUAAAUUACUAAAGACUUAAAUCAAUUUUCCCGAUAUGAUUAAUUCCACCUGUGGAUUUAGUGUAUCAGUGUUUGAUUCAUAUUUUUUUUUAAUUUUAAUGCAAUUAUGUAUUUUUGUAUUAGUAAAAAAAGUAAAAUUUAUAGAAAAAUACACGACUUUUAGCUCUAUCAAAAAUGUACUUAGUGACAUGUUGCCGUAAUCAGACGAUAUAUUUAUUUUAUAUAAACACAUAAAAUAAAAUAAAUUUUAAUUUAAAAAAAAUUGUUUUCACGUCACGUCCUCUAAAUUUAGACACAAUAUGAUAAAUGUAAUCAUGUUAGAAUUAUAUAGAUUUUACUGCAGGAGAUGGAUUUAGAAAAGCUAUACUUCUUUAUGCGGUACAAUGAGCAUUGGGAAUAGAAAAAUGUAUUUCUAGCAUGACUUUGUUCAAAUCGCACAUAGGAACUAUUUUCUAUCUGCACCAUAAAAAAAACGCCUCAUUUUAAUCUAAUAUUGAACAAAGCUAAGCUAGAACAACGUGCUUUACUAUUUAUUAUACUUUAUUUUUCUAUUCCUAGUGUUACUUUUAAUAAAUCUUACUCUUUAUUUCUAUUGUAACUAGUUCUAAGUAUGUUACAACACAUAAAAACAUCUCUGUGAACUACACGAAUGUUUUAUUUUAUCCUCUCGGAUAUAGCUUUAAGAAUUACCCGUUAUGAUACCAUAAAUUGUCAUAGUUACCACAAUUCAUACCAAAAUAAACUUCUAAAGCUUUGUUUAGUGACAAAUUCAAGUAGGUUAUUAACUAAUAUCAAUUUGAUUGCCUGCAGGAUUGUACUUAACUCUGAAUAAUACACCAAUGUUACCUCUCUGUCGUAUUUAAUUUUAUUAAAACAACCUCUACCCAUUUGAUAAUUAUUAAUGCAGGUAAGCACUAGUCAGGAGCUGUUGAAAAUACUCUGUGUCGGUACUCAGUAAAAUUAGAUUUGCUUCCAGCUGAGUGGAACUAAAUUGUAUGGUUUUCAUAUAAAGAGAAAUAAAUUUCUAAUGACUCUGAUUCUGAGUAAAC